CAUGACAUGAUCCGAAACGAUAGCUCAUUAGAGCGCGGGCUCUCUCUCUCUUCCCAUCUUUCGUUCACUCGUUGAGUUUCCUCCCCAUUUCCCUGUCCGUCGACUUCCUGGAAACGCGUCAGCGAUCGCCGUCGUUUUCACUUCGUCGUCACUUGGUUCCCCACGCGUCCACCUCUUAUUACAACGUAACAAUCCUCUCCCUCUCUCUCUUGGUUUGCCCUCUUCUGUUCUUCAGGCGGAGUAUGGUGUCAAAAAGGGAAGGUACCGCAGUUGGUCGAUCCUCAAGUCCAAACAACUUCAUGCAUCUUCGGGAGUCCAAUGGGAAGAAAAAUGGAACAUCUGAAGAGAAAGAAAUACUUUCCAGAUUUAGAGCUCAAGAGCAAGAAUUAAUGCAGCUUAGGAAACAGCUUGCAGAUGCUUCUAUUAAGGAGUUGGAGUUGCUAAAAGAAAAGCAUGUCUUAGAGAAAAGGUUUGCUGGUAUGCGCCUGGAUUUAGAUAGGCAGCAGAAAGAACUGUUAGCUGCUGCUUCACAAGCACUUUCUGAAAGGAAAAAGGAAAUUGAAGAAAAUAUGAAUCUGGCUGAAACCUUAUUGGCAACAGAACAAGAGAGGUCUAUUUUUCUGUCAUCACUGCUUAGGUUAUUGGCUGAUAAUGAUUUGCAACCAGUUGUGGUGAAUGCUUCAACCAUUGUACAGAAUAUACAGGUUUUAUUACAAAAUUUACGGGGCAAGCUGGGGACCACUUUGGCCGGUGGAGAUUCUUUAAACAAUCAAACCAUAAAGGACGUGGAGAAAUUAUCUCAGAACUUUGAUAUUCAAAAUCCUGCAACAUUGAGCAAUAAUAAUUCUCACUUUCCAGGCACUUCGGCACCCUUCAACUUUUAUGAGGAUCAACUCUACCAACAACAUUAUCCUCCGAUGUCUGCUGCUCUGAACAUGUCUAAUAAUCUUAGGAUGGAUGGGACAGGAGGCCCGUUGCAGAGAGGCACUAAACCUCCUCCUACAUUAGAAGGAAGACCUGGAGAGGCUGGCAACUACUCUGAUCAGUUUAGUUUCGAUAGGGUGCAAAACCUGCCAGAAGACUUACAUGUAAAAGGAGUACUUGAUGGACAACCAAAUUUCUUCAAUGACAAUGAGGAACCUGUUUACCCAGUAUCUGAAGGGCAUUUACUGCCCGGCAUAGAAGAUUUCCAGAUCUAUGGUGAUGCUAGACUAGGUUCUCAAAUCCUAGCCUGUGGAGUUCAGGUAAAUGGGACAACCGUGUGCAUGUUCCAGUGGAUGUAUGUUGAGGAUGACAAUUACAUUGAUAUUGAAGAUGCAACUUAUCCUGAAUAUCUAGUGACAGCUGAUGACGUGGACAAGGUUAUUGCAGUUAGUUGCAGACCUCUUGCUGGAAAUGAUCAGAAGGGAAGAGUGGUCAUUGCUUAUGCUAACAACAAGCAGAAAAUACCUCUUGAUCCAGAUAUAAAUCAGGAGAUUCGAACUUAUCUCUCUAAGGGAAAGGCUCUAUUCAAUGUUCUAUUGUCGCCGUUCCGACAGUAUCCUGAGCCUUGUGAGCAGGCUCUUUUAGUACUUGAAAUAUCUGGCUUCAAAGUUCAAUUCAAUAAUUCGGACCGUGUAAUAGAGAAGGAGUAUUCUGCUGAAACAUCUAUUGAGAUUCCUUCAUGGAACCGAACACAGUGCAUUUUGAGAAUUUCAGAUGGUGAAUGGUACCUAUUGUCUACCAACACAGAUCGGGUGAGGGACAUUUUAGUAUUGACUAUGAGAGAGUUUUGGAAGCAGGCCUUGUGUAGAUGAGACGUCUAAGUUUCUUUUUUCCUGGUGUAGUUAAUUGGUUGUUAUACCACGGAAAUGGUCAUAUCGUUAUGCUCUGCUAAUAAAGAAUUAAACAGGUUCCCAGCACGGUUGUAACUUUCUGUUGUAAUUUUCAUGCAUCUCCCACCUUCCUAUCAGUUGAUCACAGUAUAGACUUACUGAAUCCUUCAUGUAAACGUUGGAUAUUUAUAUUAACUAAAUUCACAAAGUACUUAUCGUA